AUGUAUACUAUUGAAUUAGAAGAUGUUCGAAAUCGUAUUUCAAUUAUACCACAAGAUCCUUUUCUUUUUACUGGUACAAUGAGAAGUAAACUUGAUCCAUUUGGUUUUUAUUCAGAUGCAGAAAUAUGGAAUGUACUUGAACAAGUACCAUUGAAAACAUUUGUAAAAGAUAGAAUAUCACAUGGUCUUCAUUCAUUAGUCAAUGAAAAUGGAUCUAAUCUAAGUAUGGAACAAAAACAAUUGGUAUGUUUAGCAAACUCUAUAUUAAAAAAAAGUAAAAUUCUAAUCAUUGAUGAAGCAACUGCUAAUGUUGGCAAUAUAACAGAUGAAUUGAUUCAAAAAGCUAUUCGUGAUAAAUUCAAAGAAUGUACAGUAUUAACAAUAGCACAUCGUUUACGAACAAUCAUUGAUAGUGAUCGUAUUAUGGUACUUAGUAAUGGAAUGUUAGUCGAGUUUGAUUCACCUCAAGUGUUACUUUCAAAUACUAACUCUCAAUUUACUUUACUAGUAGAACAAACAGGAAUAGCUGAAGCUGAAUAUCUUCGAACAUUAGCAAAUUCUUCUGAAUAA